AUGAGCUCAACUAAUUCGACUCCAUACGAACGAUCUUCCGCUGAUGCCGACUUCUGCAGUUCAUCUUCUGUAAGAGAAAAACAAAGGAGACAAGGUAUUCCAAGAGAAAAGGGAGAAAUGUCCGACAGAAAACGAAUACAAUAUCAUCAUAAAGUUGAACAGGCGGCAAUUGAAAUGAAACCUGAACAUGAAAAAAGUUCUGAUAUUGUUCGCCAGAAGGAUAUUCUUGUGAAGAAUUUUGAAAAGGAACUUCAAAGGUUGAUGCGUGAAAAAGAAGAGGAAGUUCGAAAAGCCCAAACUGAAACUCGUCGUGUUCGAGAGGAACUCACUGCGCAAGUUCGAGAUGCUGAACGUAGAGCUGGUCACCGUACACAGGAUGGCGCUAACCAAGGGGACACCAAACGGUUGAUUCAAGAGUUGUACGACCUGCGAGAGGUGAAGCGCCGUCUAGAGGAAAAUCUGAAAGAUGUGAUGGAAGCAGAUCGUCAAAAAGCAAGUGAUCUCAGACGCGUUCACGAGAAGUAUGAUUCAAAAAUGAGAAAAGUCCACAAAGAAUCAGAAGCAGAAGUAAGAAAGCUGGUAAGUUCUGUUUAUACACUUGAUACAUACAGGUAA